GCUCUGCAGUCUGCACUCGAUUGCUCUCCCCUGGAGUCUAACGUGAGUCGAUAGCAGAGUUGAUGCCGGUGCUGAUGCAACACACUGACAGGUCCACCCGACUUUACUCACACACGUCUCAGUGUAAGAAGGCAGGUUUUAAGGCUCUGCGCCAUGGCAGAUCAGCAAAGUCCGGAUGAGAAGUUGCACCUCAUUACUAGGAACCUCCAGGAGGUCCUUGGAGAGGAGAAGUUGAAGCAGGUUCUCCAGGAGAGAGAGCUGAAGGUGUACUGGGGAACAGCAACCACUGGCAAACCCCACAUAGCUUACUUUGUCCCUAUGUCCAAGAUAGCAGACUUCCUCAAGGCCGGAUGUGAGGUCACUAUUCUGUUUGCAGACUUGCAUGCCUUCCUAGACAACAUGAAGGCCCCCUGGGAGCUGCUGGAGCUCAGGGUUAAGUACUAUGAACAGGUCAUCAAGGCCAUGUUGGAGAGCAUCGGCGUGCCUCUGGAUAAACUCAAGUUUGUCAAAGGAACCGACUUCCAGCUCAGCAGAGAGUACACUCUGGAUAUGUACCGUCUGUCCUCCAUGGUGACGGAGCAUGACGCUAAGAAGGCUGGAGCUGAGGUCGUCAAGCAGGUGGAGCAUCCCCUGCUGAGUGGCCUGCUCUACCCUGGACUGCAGGCUCUGGAUGAGGAGUACCUCAAGGUGGACGCUCAGUUUGGAGGAGUUGACCAGAGGAAGAUUUUCACUCUGGCAGAGAAGUACUUGCCUUCUCUCGGCUAUGCCAAGCGUUCCCAUCUGAUGAACCCGAUGGUACCAGGACUGACGGGGGCGAAGAUGAGCUCCUCAGAGGAAGAGUCAAAGAUCGAUCUGCUGGACUCUCCUGGAGAUGUGAAGAAGAAGCUGAAGAAGGCUUUCUGUGAGCCAGGCAACAUCGAGAACAAUGGAGUCCUCUCCUUUGUCAAAUACGUCGUCUUACCUCUACGUGGAGAGUUCUCCAUCAAAAGAGACCCGAAGUGGGGUGGAGACAAAACCUACACUGUGUUCGAGGAGGUGGAGAAGGACUUUGCUGAGGAGUUGGUCCAUCCUGGAGACCUGAAGGCCUCAGUGGAAGUAUCACUAAACCAACUACUGGAGCCGAUCAGAAAGAAGUUUGAGUCGCCCGAGCUCCGCAAACUCACCAACACCGCCUACCCCGACCCCUCAAAGACGAAAGGAGCAGGAAAGGCUGCCAAAGCAGCAGGAGGAGGAGGCGGUGGUGGAGGAGGUGGAGGAGAUGAUGAUGAGCUGGCCCCCUCCAGAGUGGACAUCAGGGUGGGCAAGAUCAUCAGUGUGGAGAAGCAUCCAGAUGCUGAUUCGCUGUACCUGGAGAAGAUUGACGUGGGGGAGCCGGAGCCGAGGACGGUGGUCAGCGGGCUGGUGGCUUUUGUUUCGCAGGAGGAUUUACAGGACAGACUAGUGUUGGUGCUGUGCAAUCUGAAACCCCAGAAGAUGCGAGGCAUCGAGUCUCAAGCCAUGCUGCUAUGUGCCUCGAUUGAAGGGGAUCCCAGGAGGGUGGAGCCUCUGGAUCCUCCGGAGGGGUCGUCGCCAGGAGAACGGGUCUUUGUCGAGGGAUAUGAGACGAGCAAACCAGACGACAGACUCAACCCAAAGAAGAAGGUGUGGGAGAAAGUACAGGCCGACCUGAAGAUAUCAGGCGAGUGUGUGGCUCAGUGGAAAGACCAGCAGCUGAUGACUGCACUCGGACAGAUCACAUGUAAGACACUGAAAGGAGGCAACAUCAGCUAGAUGACUUUCACCACUGAAGCUGCCGCAUUACAAACGAGAACGCUUUCAUCAACACAUUGGCAUUACACCAACGGUCAAACUUCAUCUGGGUGUUUUCUUGGAGAAUGAUGGGACGUUGAUGCCAAGUCUCAGAUGCUUCAAAAAUCAAUUGCCUUGCUUUGACAUUAUCACAAAAUGUAAUUUUUAAAAGUGUACGACAGAAUGUCCUAUGAUUCAUUACCGUUUCUAUCUUUCACCUGGUGUUGUAUCGUGUUCCUACCACUCUUAAAUAUACAAUACAGUUUCUGCAGAGACGUACUGCUACUCGGAUAAUGAAGGGUUACUUUAUUGGAUGUUGCAGAUCAGAUGUUUUAAAAGCACUUAUUGUUUCAGUACUUUUCUGGGUUAAACUGUCAGGGCAGUGUUAUAAGACAUAGGCAGUUGCAUUGUGGGUCGUGUACAGAAAUCAAUAUCUGGACAUUAACUGUCAUGUAAUCCAACGAUGCAUCAUGAAAAUAAACGCUGGCUGAAUUCUGUGUUCUGCAGAAAAUAA